AUGAAUGCCGACGAAAAAUUUGAUGGGACUUAUCAAACCAAUGUGGUUGUGAGGCAUAAUGGUACAUGCCUGUACGUUCCACCAGGUAUUUUUAAAAGUACAUGUAAAAUCGACAUCACGUGGUUCCCAUUUGAUGACCAAAAUUGCAAUAUGAAGUUUGGUAGUUGGACAUACAAUGGUUUUCAGAUUGAUUUAGUGCUCAAAUCAGAUGGUGGCGAUCUAUCAGACUUUACAACGAACGGUGAAUGGUAUUUACUAGGUAUGCCUGGACAAAAGAAUGUGAUAAACUACGCAUGUUGCCCAGAACCAUACGUAGACAUCACGUUUACCAUAAAGAUUAGAAGGAGGACGUUGUAUUAUUUCUUCAACUUGAUCGUGCCGUGCGUGCUCAUAUCGUCGAUGGCUCUCCUGGGCUUUACGYUGCCUCCAGACUGCGGAGAAAAGCUCACACUAGGAGUGACCAUCUUGCUAUCACUGACAGUGUUCCUGAAUUUGGUGGCGGAAACGCUUCCACAAGUCUCCGACGCGAUACCCUUGCUAGUCAAAGCCAUCAGAAGUAGAUAUACAGAUCGAAGAGGUAUCGAACUCCGAGAACGAUCGUCAAGAAGUUUAUUGGCCAACGUUCUUGAUAUCGAUGAUGAUUUUCGAGCGAGUGUCCUGUCACAUCGCGUAUACAACAACGGGGCUGCCAGUUCGUCGUCGCCGGCAUCCGAGUCGAGAAGCGUCUGCAACUACUCGGCCAAAGAAUUGCAGCUCAUAUUACAAGAAGUCCGGUAUAUCACUGACCACAUGCGAAAGCAACAGGACGACCAAGAAGUAAUCAACGACUGGAAGUACGCAGCGAUGGUAGUGGACAGGUUCUGUUUGAUAGUGUUCACUUUUUUCACAUUAGUCGCUACUGUUGCCGUAAUGUAUUCAGCGCCUCACAUAAUUGUUGAGUGACUCAGACAUUGUGUUCACUUUUUAGAUGUCGAUAAUAUGGCAGUCAUGAUUUUGUUAAAUAUUUAUUUCAGAGAGUAUGAGUUGUUUUGAAAGAAAAUAUUAAAAGUUUUUUUGUAAUACUAUAAAAAAAUCGAUGAAGAGCUUAGUAAAAAAAUUCUAUGAUACACAACGCAUUUACAGGGUGUUAAAAAAGAUCACGGGCCAAGAAUAAGUCCUUCUAAAUAAUUAAAUUACAGUGUUUUAAUUUUAAUCAUCCCAAGUACACCCUGUUUUUUAAAAUAUUAUUUUAAU